UUGGCAGUCGAGUGUCGGAUUGAUUUGUUCUAAGAACGUGCGCUCAUCAUGUGGAUACUGAUUGUCGUGCUGGUGGGAUUUGUGCAUGUGGCGUUUGCUGCUGUCUACUUGUACCUCACCUGGUAUCACAAGUACUGGACCAAGCGAGGAUUGGUCACGGCGAAGCCCCUAACACUGCUUGGCAGCUAUCCAGGAUUGUUUGGUGGCGGCAGCAGUUUUAUUGCUGAUCUAGGAACUAUUUACAAUAAGUACAAGGGCAAGCAUCGUGCUGUUGGCACAUUUCUGACACGAGAGCCACAGAUUUUGGUGCUCGAUCCGCAGCUGGCCCAUGAGGUGCUCGUGACGAACUUCGGCGAUUAUAGGGACACUUUGACGAGCAGUUAUGUAACCCACUCCCAGGACUAUGAUAAAUAUGCGGCACGUAAUCCCUUCUUCAGUGCGGGCGAUGAGUGGAAGAAGCGACGCACAGAUGGCGGCGCUGGACUCACGCCCAAUAAGCUAAGGCAGGCCUACGCCAUCUGGGAGCAAACUGGACUUAAGUUAAUGGACUAUAUGAAGAGAUCGAUUGAGGAGCGAUCGACUAAUGUCAUCGAGACAAGAGAUCUAAGUUAUCGAUAUACCGCCCAGGCCAUGGGUGAUUUUAUUUGGGGCAUCGAUGCUGGCUCCCUCAGUGGCGGCGUUAAUGAAGUCAGUCAAUUUCAGCGCUUUUCCUACGAUUGGGUCUCCCGUGCCUUUUCGGGUAUAACCCGCUUCAAUCGAACGCCGAUUGCUCCGGUUGUGAAACGAUUGUUUCGUAUGCGUUUCUUUACCCAGGAAUCGAAUGAGUUCUAUCUGAAACUCACCCGGGAAGCAGCCAAGCUAAGGCAGAGUGGCUCUGGUGCCGAACGCAACGAUUACCUAUCGCAUCUGCUUCAGCUGCAGGAGAAGGGCGCCAGCUACGAUGAUAUGGUGGGUCAUGCUCUGACUGUACUUAUGGAUGGCUUUGAAACUUCGGCUGCUGUGCUUUAUCAUUUCUUGUAUACGCUGGGCGAGUAUCAAGAAGAGCAGGAAAAAUUACGAACGGAAAUUUUGGAUGCCCUGGCUGGCGAUAAGAAUAUCAGCUAUGAGCAGCUGAACGCUCUUCCUUAUCUCGACCAGUGCAUGCAUGAAUCGAUGCGUUUGACGAGUGUCAUUGGUUUCUUAACCAAAAUCUGCACAAAGCGCACAACAAUUAAUUUGGGCGACGGUAAGAUAUUGAAUGUGGAGCCAGGAAUAACAGUGACAAUUCCCGCAUACAACUUGCAUCACGAUGAGGCCAAUUUUCCAGAGCCCGAGAAAUUUAAGCCGGAACGCUUUGAUAAUGGUGCGGCAAGUGAGUAUACCAAGCGGGGCUGCUUGUUGGCCUUUGGUGAUGGACCACGCAUUUGUUUGGGCAUGCGUGUGGGAUUAUUAAAUGUCAAAAUGGCUGUAUUGCGCAUUUUAGCUGAAUACAGAGUUGAGCAAACGAAAAAGUUGUCAAUCGGCUCGGACUCCGGCUUGGGAAUAUAUUUGAAUGGUGAUGUUGAUUUGCGAUAUACAAAAGUGUAAAAAUUUCAAUGCUUCAACAGUGGUUCACACACACACACACACACACACACACAUUGACACACAUUGACACACACACGAAACACUAACAAUGUGGCGACACUUUGCGUAUUGUGGAACGUGUGUUGGACUUUUGGGAUCGCCAACGUACCGAAAUUUAAUUUAGCGCAAGCCAACCGCAGACCAAGUCGACACAGUGGCACCACCAACUGCUUGCCUUACCCCUGCUCUCUUGUUUGUUUUUUUUUUCACCAAAUAUCGCUGCGAACCUGAAUUGUGUCAGACCCACUGGACUUUAUACCCAAGUAUUUUCAUAUUGAGCGACCGCAUGCAGCGUGUGUCGCCCAAUGCAACUCUGGAUAUAUACUCCAUAUAUAUAUGUGUGUGUGUGUGUGUAUGUGUUGUGUCGAUGUGUGCGUAUUGUACUAUUGUGUUGCAAGCGCUGCCUUUCAUAAUAUCCUGUGUUGCAUGUAUAAAGUGGGCAUAUUAAUCAUGUAUAUUAAAUAUGUUAAAUAAAAAUGAAUACACAAAUAAAGAUAUUGAAAUUUAGAAAAA